AUGAGCAACUUUGCUAAGAAAGUCUCUGAUCUUAUGGGAUUUAGCCCAUGUCCUGGUGAGGAUAAUGACGCAGAAGCUGAUGUGUUUUCAACAGCAAAGCAGUCAGAAGAGAAGAGGAAGAAGUCUGAAAGUGAUGAAGUUAACCAAGUGCUGGUGCUGAAGGAAUGGUUGAGAAUGUUUUGGCGAGACGAGUUCCUUACUUGGAACCCGGCCGACUACGACAAUAUCACCGAGAUCAAAGUUCCACGAAGUUUGAUUUGGCUGCCUGACGUUAUAAGAAUUGAUGUGUAG